AUGGGACAGCUCAUCGCCAUCCCUCACGCCGUCAAAUUGCUCGGCGACAUGGGCGCGCAGAUAAUCCGCAUUGAGUCUUGCGCUCGCCUUGAUAACUACCGCACCAGCUCUAUGUACGAGAACAGGGGCGAGGGACGCCAUUGGGACCGCGCCGCAAAUUUCUACGAGCAGAACCGAAACAAGUACAGCCUCACCCUCGAACUCAAUGACGACGACUGCAUCGCAGCCCUGCGCGAACUGGUUAGCAUCAGCGAUGUCUUCGCCGAGAACUUCACGCCGCGUGUCAUGCGUAACUUCAAGCUGGAGUACGAAGACCUGCGCCAAAUCCGUCCCGACAUUAUCAUGGUCUCGUCCACAGGCUACGGCUACACCGGCCCUUGGGCAGACUAUGGCGCGAUCGGCUACACGACCGAAGCAACUUCCGGACUCUCGCACAUCAGUGGCUACAAGGACGGUCCGCCCGUCCUGCCGGAGAUACCCUACGCCGACUACACCGCUGCCGAGCACACGGCGUUCGCAAUAAUGGCAGCGCUCUCAUACCGCGCACGCCACGGCAAAGGGCAAUUCAUAGAUAUUUCGCAGUCGGAAACGCUCACAUCUACCAUACCGGAAGCGAUUAUGGACUAUACAGUCAACGGACGCAUUCCGGAACGCGUGGGCAACCAGGAUACUCUUAUGUCCCCGCACGGCUGCUACCCCUGCGCAGGUGAUGACAAGUGGAUAGCAAUAGCCGUCUCCACCGAUGAGCAGUGGAGCGCCCUCUGUGAUGCACUAGGCGCGGUGCUCGACGGCAAGAGCCUGCUGUUCGACCCGCACUUGAAGGAUCGUGGCUUCUAUGAAGUUGCCGAGCACCACUCCAGUACAGGAAUGCCGCCCCUGCCCUACAGCAGCAGACCAUGGAAGUUCUCCGGAACACCAGCAGAAUUACGGGCGGCUGCGCCCACUCUCGGGCAGCACAACCGCUUCGUCCUAUCCGAAUUGAUGGGAGCAAACGCACAGCAGGCAAAGGCGCGGGCGGUCGUACUCCUUGACCCGCCUGUUGCCGCAAUGAUACGAUUGGCAAAUAGGCAGCAGCGUCUGCAUACUGAGGCAUUAUCGCCCGGAGGUGUAACGGUGACAACAACUCCUCUUAUCGAGGUUACCGACAUGGCUUCGCAGAAGCUUGAAGAGAUACUGAACGAGCAGGGUGAGACGGGCGCUUUGCUGCGAAUGAUGGUCGUGCCCGGACCAAACGGCAGCUUCCAGUACAUGCUCGGCAUGGAACGCGAAGCGAAGGAUGACGACCUUGUAAUUGAGGCCCCCGGCGUACAGAUUGAUCCGCUUGGCGCGCUUAUCAGCCUUGCCGCCUUUGCCGUCGCGCUCAUAGUAGGCAUCACAGUCCACGAAUUCAGCCACGCCUGGUCUGCCACACAACUCGGUGACAACACCGCGCGUUCACAAGGCAGGCUCUCCCUUAACCCUGUCAGACACCUCGACCCACUUGGCACAAUCCUCAUACUCGUCGCGGGUUUCGGCUGGGGCAGACCCACGCCCGUAUCUCCGUCGAACAUCCGCAUAGGCGCGCGCCCUGGCAUGGCUGUGGUCGCGCUCGCAGGUCCGGUCUCGAACCUUAUUGUAGCCACGCUCGCCGCCCUGCCGGUUCGGUUUGGCACACUCUCCCUUGGAAGCGGCGCCAUAGACGACAAGUUUCUGCAAGCGCUGGUUCUCUGGAAUGUUGUUCUCGCAGUAUUCAAUCUGCUGCCCGUCGCGCCGCUUGAUGGCUUUAAGGUUGCCCUGGGCAUACUGCCCCGUGUCAUUGCCACGCCGCUGGAGCGCACCGAACGCUUCGGCGUGGUGAUUCUACUGCUGGUCGUACUCGCCGACAGCAUAUUCAACACGGGAAUAUUAAGCCGUAUCCUCUUUCCGGCGAUAAGUACAUUGGCUAGGCUGCUGCUGGGCGUAUAA